AUGAUGGAGAUAUAUGCGGCUGGUGCUAUUGCAGCAUUCACGGUUGACCUGUUGGUCUAUCCUCUCGACACCCUCAAGACUCGAUAUCAGAGCCAAGACUACAUUCAAACAUAUGCUGCCAGUUCGGCGAAGAAGGCACCCGUUUGGCGGGGCCUUUAUCAAGGCAUUGGAAGUGUAGUGCUUGCUACGCUCCCAGCAGCUGGAUUAUUCUUCUCAACGUACGAGAGUGCGAAACAACUCAUUGGCAGCUCAACCUCGUUGCCAGAGCCUCUAGUACACUCAUCUGCUUCGGCAAUUGCAGAGAUGGCGUCUUGUCUAGUCCUCGCCCCUGCAGAGGUCAUCAAGCAAAACGCCCAAAUGCUACGGGGCGAGACUUCAGGCAAGGGGUCGUCAACGUCUUUACAGGCGUUCCGUCAGCUCACCGGAACCGGGGCAUCACGGCGCCUCUUUACAGGCUACACGGCCCUCGUCGCGCGCAACCUUCCAUUCACGGCACUUCAGUUCCCCAUCUUUGAGCAUAUGCGCGCACGGGUCUGGGAGUCCCGUGGUGACGACGCCCCGGAGCCAACCCUGGUCGAGACGGGGCUUGUGACGGGGUUAAGCGCGGGAGGCGCCGGAUCAGUAGCAGCGUUCCUAACGACACCGAGCGAUGUGGUCAAGACGAGGAUGAUGCUCAGCGCCGGGAGCGAAGGGAAUGAAGCCGCGGCCAAGAUGGCGGGCAAGAGGGCGAAAAAGGGGGCGUGGACGGUGACGCAGGAGGUGUACCGGGAGAGGGGAGUGCGGGGAUUCUUCCGGGGUGCGGCUCUGCGAUCGGGGUGGACGAUGCUGGGGAGUGGGUUAUAUCUGGGGACGUACGAGAUGGCCAAGGUGUGGUUGAAGAGGAGGAAGCCUGAUGAGGAGGAAGCUGGGGAGCCGUGA